UCCAGUCCCCGUGUCUCCCAGCCCUUUGACAAAGAGCCGUUACAUGGAUGGAUUUUAAAGCGGAAAUGUCACACGUCUCUCGGUGAUCCGGAGCCGAAUCGCACCUCAAGAACUCGUCAUUCUUCCUCCGAUCCGAUCUCCGCCUGAUAGAUCCCAUCCUCGAGCUUGGUUUUAGGGUUAGAUUUCGUCAAGAAUUGCAAUUAAUUGGCGAAUUUGUGAAUCUUUCUGGUUCCGUGGAUUGUUGAUCUCUAAGCUCGGCAAGAGACAAGAACGGGUGCUAAAGCAAGAGGUUGGAUUAGUUUUGUUGAAUUAUUGUCCAGCUGAAAUAUGGAUGGAAGGAAGAAGAAAAACAGGAAAAAGAAAGGUGGUCAGAGUAAAGUUGCAGAAGAUGCUAAUAUCAAUGCCGCAGAAGUGACCAUGCAAGAGCUGAACCAUAUUUCAGCCACUGAGCAGAAUCACAAUGUACAUAGUUCUGGCAAUGCAGAUGUUCAAAGUGUUGGGGUGUCGGAAUCUGACAUAGAGCUGGAGAAGCAUAAGAUCUACGAAGAAAAAUGUGUCAAGCUCCAGGAAGAAAUCAGACAAUUAGAAGAUGAGAAGAAUUCUGGGCUUCAAACACAGGUCACCUUAGAAGAGAAAAUUAAAGCUUUACAAAAUGAAGUAGACUCUUGUUCUCAAAAGGAGGUCAACUUGGAAGAGAAAAUUAAAGUUUUGCAAAAUGAAGUAGACUCUUGUUCUCAGAAGGAGGCUAGCUUAGAGGCAAAACUCAAUGAUUUACAGAUUGGAAAUGAUUCAAUUAUACAGAAGGAGGUCAUCUUAGACGACAGAGUCAAGGAUAUAGAGGGCAUCAAAGAUAUCUGGGUAUUAAGGGAGACUUCAAUCAGGGAAAUGAUCGCUAGACUGCAAGAAGCCAACAUUGGUCUUCAAAUGCAGGUAAAGGAGUUGGAAGAAUCUAGAAGCAAUAUUCUUCAAGAAAACCAACGGUUAGUGGAAAGCAUAUCAGAAUUGGAAUUGCGGAUACAACGCCUUGAAACAGAAGCUUCUGCCUGGGCAACUUCCAAAGUGAUGACAAAGUUCCAUGAAGAGAUAAAAUCACUUGAUCAGAUAGAAGCAGCCCAUGCAUUAAUUAAGAAGCCAGAUUCUGGGAAUGAAGGGCUUGCUGGAAAGGUGACCGAACAUUACAUGGAGCCAAAUCAACAUGCUGCUUCUGCUGAACAUUCAAACCCGGAGCUUGAUCAUGAAAUGACACAAGCGAUAACUUCCACAGAUUAUGCAUCAGAAUAUGGUGAAAAGAUAUUUGAAUUAGGUGAAAAGGUUCAACCUUUACUUGGAAUUCAGGGAAGAUUUAGCACUAGUAAUGGUGUUGAGGGCUUUGUUGCUGAUCCUGGAGUACGAUCAGCACAGCCUCUGGGAUUAGAUGAACCAAGGAUUAGCGAAGAUAUUGUGUCAGUUCCACUGGAUGAGAUCCAAAUUCACGAGGAAGAUUUGCAAGGCAUGGUGAAUAAUGAGAAAGCUCCAGAGGUUCCACUUUCAGAUGCCCCUUUGAUAGGGGCACCAUUCCGCUUGAUUUCUUUCGUUGCCAAGUAUGUCAGUGGCGCUGAUUUGGUGAACCAAGACGUUUCUAAAUCUGGCAGGUUUGUGUAGUUUGGGAAAAAUGGAGCUGAUUCAAACUUUAUUUGCCUGAAAGCUCCAUCAGAAAAUUUGUGAGUUGCUGCAGUCCACAUGUUAAAUCCACUUGGGGCAUAUUUGGUUGGGUGCAGAACACACUAAAUUCACUUGGGAUAUAUUUGGUUGAGAGGAGUUGGACUAAAAUGAUAAUGAGAAUAAAUAACUCCAAUUCCAACUGUUUCAUUGGAUGAAUUCCAUUCUCAUUCCGGAAAAAAGAAAUCUCAAUUUUUCACAAUCUAAUUUUUAUUUUUAUUAAUUUUGAAAUCUUAUUUCAAUUCUAAUUCUGAUUACAAACUAACUACUUCGGAGGAUUAUAGCCAUUCCUAUCCAUUCUGAUUGUAAAUCAAAUGUGCCCUUAAUUCCAUGGUCCACAAAAAUGGUAGACCAUGAGGCAGAAACUAGUUGAGGGCUUUCCAUAAUCAUCAUCCAUUGGGUGAUCUAUGACUGUGAGAGCACAAACUUAAACCUGCCCAAAUUGUUUGAUACCGCAGACAUUUCUGAAAGCAGCUGUCAUCUAAAUGUUAUCCAUGCACUCCUGUCUCUUGAUAAAACUACCAGAAACGUCAUCCUUGGAUACAAGAAAUAAAAACUACCAAUCGAAUUAUGUAAGAAUUAAAAGUCGUCACACAACUACUGAGCCUGAUGCCAAAUGAAACACGUUAAAGGCUCUGCGCACUCUUUGUGAAAAGCCCAGCAUGCAUAAACUUAAGCAUCCUUGCAUAACUCUCUGACUGAUUCAAGUCAGUUAUCUAAAAAUGAUAUCCAGAAGCAAUGCCAUCUUACUCACCCCUCACGAUGUUUGCACGGUGGAGUCCUCGGUCAUGCCCUCUAAGAAUGGCCCGCUCUUUGAGGUAGACUGCUGAAUCUCCUCAAUCAUCCUUAUCACCUCCUCCAUUCCUGGUCGUUGUUCUGGAGUUCUCGCUACACAACUCAUCGCAAUCUGAA